GAUUUCUAAAAUUAUAAUGAGAACAAGAAUGAGACUUGCUUUAAAUGGAUUAAUGACUAAAGGAAGAGGAUUAGGAAUUGAAAGAUCUACAAUUGAUUAAAAAGCCAAAUCAAUUAUAAAAGAAGCCAUACUAAAUACUGAAAUAUUAAAUGAACCCAAUGAAAUAAAUUAACCUAAUAAUCCAAUUCCAAGUCUAAAUUAACUGCAAAAGCAAUAGCAAUAGCAUCAAUAAACAGAGAAUAAAAACUAGAUAAAUGAAGAAAAAGAUUAAAAAUAAUAAUAAUAAAAUUAAUCAUAAUAAUAAGAUCAAGAAAAAAAGAAACUAAAAAUUAAGAGUUCUAAGUUAAAAGAUGUAAUUUAAAAUAAAUAGAUCAAAAAGAAAAACAAAUAGUGA